AUGACUGUAUUUGGAAAUCUCUUUGAAGAGAAACAAAAGAUUGAAGGCGAACUGGGGGCUCUAAACUUGAAAGUCCUUUUAGAGGGAAUGGACGAGGUGGACUACCUUACAGAGAAAGACCUUCUCACUAGAUAUGGGGAAGUUAGAUUGAAAGAGGAGUUUUUGGCUGUGAUCCCACAAUUAAUUUCUAGGAAGGACAAUCGGAUGCUUGAGGAGCCUAGCUCUCUGAAGGAACUAAAAGCAGAGAGUGGCUUCACCCCAGAGAGGAACAUUGUUGAUGGGAUUAUUGUGGCUCAUGAGGCGAUUCAUACGGCUAUGAAGAGCAGACAGAGAAGAAUGAUGCUGAAGCUUGACAUCCAAAAAUCCUACGACAGAGUUGACAGGUCCUUUCUUUUGGUUGUGCUUGCCAAGUUCGGCUUCAAAGUUGGUUCUCAGAGGUCCAUUGCCAAACUCUUUGGUAUUAGAAUUGGUCAGCUCCUAGGGAAGUUUCUUGGUAUGCUGCUCUUUUCUGGAGUGGGUAAGACAAAGAUUUGGAAAGGACUACUUGAUGGUUGUAAAGCAAAAAUGGAGGGUUGGAAAAGUAAAUGGCUCAUGUUGGCCGGUCGCAUUUUAAUGUUGAAAUCAGUAAUCUCGACAAUGUCAAUUUUCUCCAUGGCUUGCUUUAAACUUCCAGGUAUUAUCAUCAAGAACAUCCAACAAAAAAUGAAGAAAUUUCUGUGGAAUGGUAAACAGAAUCAGGACAAAAUUCCUUUAAUGGCUUGGGAUAGAGUUUAUAAACCGAAAGGGGGUGGAGGUGUGGGGCUCCGUGACUGGAAGUUAAUCAAUGAAGCUAUAGUGGCGAAGUUGUUGUGGCAGAUGUAUAGUAAGCCGGAGCAGAGAUGGGUACGUAUUCUUCAGGCUAAGUACUUGGACAAUGGAGAUAGGGAGAGAAUAUUCACGAUUGAAAAUCCCACUAGAGGAUUUGCCCUUUGGAACUUUCUACUGAAUUGUAGAAGCCUGGUUACCAAUCAUCUGACUUGGCGAAUUGGAGAUGGCCACAAGGCUAGUUUCUAG